AUGUCUUAUUCGGCAGAUCACAGAGCUAAGAGGAGGAGAACUGACGACGAUGGCGAAGAUGCCAACACCAGCACCUUCAAGCCAUCGGCUAGGUUUCAGCCAACAGGCGGCCGUGACUUCACCGUGUCAAUCGCCGUGCCUGGCAGCAUCAUUACAGAUUUGAAAACCGCAGACCAAAGGAUAACAACCACCGGCCGCAUUGCCAGGGCCUUGGCUGUCUUCUGUGUGGACGAAGUCGUUGUCUACGAUGACAGCCCAAGCGACUCACGGCCUCGGGCUGUCGACAAGGACAGGUACACCGGCGAUACUGAUCCGUGUCAUUUCAUCGCACAUGUCCUUGGUUACUUGGAGACACCGCCUUUCAUGCGCAAAGCAUUGUUCCCACUGCACGAUAACUUGGCCAGGGCCGGUCUGUUGCCCAGUCUUGACAUGCCGCAUCAUCCUCACAAGGAUGAGUGGUUGCCAUUCCGGGAAGGAUUUACGGUCAGGGGACGUCCGGAGGGCGGGAAAGGAACAUCCGUGGACAUUGGAAUGCAGAGACCUGUGACCAUCUCCGAAGAGAUCCCUCCGAACACACGGGUGACUUUGCAGUUCCCGGACCAAUCACUGAAAAACCCAGAGCCAGUGCACCCACAAACUCCACGCACGGAGGCGGGCUACUACUGGGGAUACUCUGUCCGUAAUGCAAGCUCGCUUUCAGCAGUCUUUACCGAGAGCCAGUUCGAGGGCGGGUACGACAUGAGUAUCGGAACAUCUGAGCGAGGCACGCCCGCGAACAAGGCGUUUCCUCCGUUCAAGAGGCAGACAUUCAAUCACCUUCUGAUCGUGUUUGGCGGCCCGCGAGGUCUAGAGUACGCCUCUAUGAACGAUCCGGAGCUGGGUGGAAUGGGUAUUAGUGGAGGUCGCACGAAGGAGUUGUUCGAUCACUGGGUCAACGUCUUGCCAAAUCAAGGCAGCAGGACCAUUCGGACGGACGAGGCGGUCCUCAUCUCGAUGGCAGCGCUGAGAAGACUUUGGGACGAUAGUUGA